CCACUCUCGCUCGUAGUUUCGCAGCCCACCCGGCCGGCCAACCCUCGCCGGCGAGGCGGAAGCCAAAUGGCCGCAGCCUCCGCCGCCGCUUCGGCCGCGGCGGCCGAGGCCUUCUCCAUACGGGGGUUCGCCAGCAUGAUGCGGGCCGUGGACGCGGCCAAGUGCUGGCCAUUCGGAGGCGUCGAGGACGGGACUACGGAGACGCCGCAGCUCCCGCCGAUGGACCCGACGCCGCGGUCGCGCUGGUGGGCCGACGGGGUUGCGGCGGCGCGGGCGCGGCCGGGUUUUUGCGCUGCGGGCCGAGACUUCGCCGUGGGUGGCGGCAUGGAAGAUGGUUUGAGGAAGGCAACGAAGAGGAAGGGGUCUCGCGGGAGCGGCGGUGCCGGGAGGGCUAACAAACGGCAGAGAGCGCUCCAAUCUCUCUUCUAUUUGAAGCACAAGGAGAGAACCUCUAAACCCCAACCAACAUCUCGCUUACUUCAACUCAUGCUCCAUAAGGGUUUGUUGAGAAAACGAAAAGGCUGUACUAUUCCUGCACUGAGAGAACUCGUUAUGAGGAAGAAAUUGCAAGAGCGACAGAAUCAGAUGUCAACCCACAGAAACAGCAUGAAGAAACAGUCCGGGAGAGCAAUGGACCACGAACAAAGCAUAAAAAUCAGCAGGCCAAUUGAUUAUCCUGUAAAUCCUGGCUGUGAAGUAGUGAAUCAUGUUGCAUGCCCUCCCAAGGAUGACAUUUUUGGAGAUCUGCCUCUUUUAGAAAGCUCAAAAGUUAUGUUUCGUACUGGAGUUGACAUACUCCCUACUAAUAUAGAAGAUUCUUUUGUAGAAAAUCAAAAUGGAUCAGAUGCCAUAUCAGAAACUGAACCAUUGAAACUAAUGUCUUUUGUUGACAUUUCAAAGCAAACAUCACUCCACGUUGAAGACUUAGUGAAGAAGGAACAGACUCCUGAUAAGGGGUCAACAUGCAUCUUUCCCAAUGAUGCAGGAAGGAGUCAUUCUUCCUCUGCUGAGUUUGAUGGUCUGCUAAAUCAUACUAGUGUCGCGAAAACUUCUCUUCCUGAAAUGCAGCUGAAAUCUACCAAUGUUCCUGCUUAUUGUAACGAGGGAGCAAAAUCUGGUUCGAGCGACCGUCCGCAGGGUUGUUUCUACAUGAACACAAACUGCUUUCAGGAAAUGGAAAGACCUGGUACCAGUUCAGUGGCCGUGAGAACCAGAACUGAAGCAAUUAAAAAAGAAGAUGCAGCAGUCCAUGGUUUAAACAAUACAGGUGUCACCGUGGAGAAAACUUGUCUUCCUGAAAUGCCGCUGAAAUCUACCCAUGUUCCUGCUUUAAGUUCUUAUUGUAAUGGCAGAGCAGAAUCUGGUUGUAGCAACCGUCCAAAGGGUCCUUUCCACACAAACACAAACUGUUUUCAGGAAAUGAAAAGACUUGGUACCAGUUCAGUGGCUGUGAGAACCAGAACUGAAGCAAUUACAGAAGACAGAGAUGCAGCAGUCCAUGGUCUAAAUAAUACAACUGUCACGAUGGCGAAAACUUGUCUUCCUGAAAUGCAGCUGAAAUCUACUCAUGUUCCUGCUUUAAGUUCUUAUUGUAACGAGGGAGCAAAAUCUGGUUCUAGCAACCGCCCGCAGGGUUGUUUCUACACGAACACAAAGUUCUUUCAGGAAAUGACAAGACCUGGUACCAGUUCAGUGGCUGUGAGAACCAGAACUGGAGCAAUUGAAAAAGAUGGAGAUCCAGCAGUCCAUGAUAUAAAUCAUACAAGCAUCACUGUGGCGAAAACCUGUCUUCCUGAAGUGCAGCGGAAAUCUACUCAUGUUCCUACUUUAAGUUCUUAUUGUAACGAGGGAGCGAAAUCUGGUUCUAGCAACCACCCGCAGAGUUGUUUCUACAGUAACACAAACCGCUUUCAGGAAAUGACAAGACCUGGUACUAGUUCAGUGGCUGUGAGAACCAGAACUGAAGCAAUUGAAAAAGAUAGAGAUACAGCAGCCCAUGGCAAGAAGAGCACUGAUAUUUCUGGUCGAUUGGUUCCAACCGAAUACUAUCCUUCAUGUGAAGGCAGUCUAUCGCCCUCGGUUAUAUCACAGAGGACUUUCAAUGCAGGAAUAAACGCAGAUGGCAUGUCUUCUUGCAGGAUUGUGCCUGCCCAGGAGUAUGUCCCUGCUUCUAAUCCUUGUAAAGUUGCAAGCAAUGUGCAUCAUGGAAGUAGAAAGUCUGUGGAUACAUGCACAUCAUUAUCUAUAGAUGACCAAGGUAGCUGGCACUCAAAAUUUUACCCAGCUCGCUCUCCGGCAAGUAUCAAUUUGCCUUUUAUGAAGCUACCUGGCCUUGAAAAGAUGGAGAUCUCAAGCUAUGAUCCGAGAACAGGUGAAACUAACUUUGUGAAUGGACGAUCAAUGAACACAGUAAGAUACCAACAAGAGAAGCAGGUGGGUGGCAUGGCCAGUACUAUACAAGGUCAAAAUAAGAUUGGUUUCAGCGAUUCUCAAGCUGGCAAAAAGGACCCGGAUGGUUUUGUGAGACGUGAUAAUUGUCAUCUGCACCAACCCACCAUGCGCUUAAUGGGCAAGACAGUUUCACUUUCUAAAGGUAGAAUGGAGCAGGAGGUACCAACUACGGGGAAAGUCUGGAUUGACAAAAAUAUUAUGGAAGGAGACCAUCCCUCAUCAAUUUCAUGCCAGUUGCCCCCAAAGAGGGUGUUCCCUUAUCAUGAUUCUGUGAUGCUGAGAACUCGUGUUCAUGAAUCUUCAGAUACUUUGCCAAGGAUCCACAACAAUAACAACAACAGCAACAACAACAACAACAACAACAAUUUGCCAAGGAUCCCCAGCAGUAAUUUUGCAGAGGCAAGGCCUAUUGUCACUGAUGCUCAAAAUCAUAGGCCGCCACAGACUAAUAUUGUUUCUUCAGCAGUUAAAGAUUGGACUUGGAAUUCGGGCAGUCAAUUUGGCCAGCAAGCUCAGGUAAACAAGGAAUCCAUCAUAGGUAACUCAAGGACCAGGCAUACGGAAUUGUCUCAGCCACCCAAGUUGACAAGCAUUCCUCGGAACCAAUACUUGCAGUCAGGCAAUCCUGCAUCAAGCAUGUAUGCAGAACACACUUUUGUUGGUUCAGCAGUAAAUCGAUCUUCUUCUUCAUUUCCACAGUGGUCAUUAAAUACAAGCAUGCGGGGGGAGUACCAAAAUCCCACUUCAUUUGUUUACGAAGAUCCUAGAUCUGUUCCUGCCCACCAACCUCCCUGCCAAGUAGCUGGAGCGAAUCUAUUUUCGGCAUCAAACAUAUUUUCUCAUGAUUACGGUACAAAAAAUGCCGAGUCCAGAAACUCUUAUCAGCGAGCACAUCCUUCUCUUCCAACUAGUGCGGCAAGUAGGUUUCAUGACUACUGUACAAGAAAUGCCGAUUCCAGAUACUCUUAUCAGGGAGCACAUCCUUCUCUUUCAACUAGUAUGGCAAGCAAGUCCAUUUCAGCAAUCAGCCUGACAUGCACUGGCGGUGUCUUGAAUAUGGAUGGCAGGAAGGGUGUUUCCAUGGUUGAUGAAAGGGGCAAGAGACCAGGUUGUGCAGAUAAUGUUUCACAGCAACCUGCAAAGAGGCAGCUAGUUUCAGACAAACAGGAACUAUCAACUUCAAUGUUCCCAAGCAUGGAAAAAUACUCAUUUGGCUGGUCACUAAAUGACACAGUUGGCCCGCGGAUGCUUGACUUUAGUAACAAAAAUAGCAGGACAUGCGACAAAAAUAUCCGAAAAUGAAAACUACACUUUAGGGGGAAAUUCAGUUCCAGUUGUUGAAGCAAGGCCAGGGACUGUAAGCAUGGUUGCAGGAGCCAAAACCACUCUUAAGCCAGGUCAAAAGCCGAAUGAUCAUCCGAAGAUGCUUCAUUCCACUAAAUUUUCAGUUGGUAUAGUGGAAUCUUCAGAAAGAAACAGUGGAGUGUUCCUGUUCCGCUUACAGUUCUGGAGCUUUUUUAGUACUCCCCCGUUCCAAAAUAAGUGUCUAAACUUUGUACUGAUUUUAAUACAAAGUUAUACUAAAGUCGAGACACUUAUUUUCCGACGAAGGAAGUAUUUGAGUAGUCAGCAAAAGGGAAGCUGAAGUAGCCUUUUCUACAUUUCAAAAGAUGUUAGUUUAGCAAUCAUUCGAUUGCUCCUAUUCUUGUAAAAACUUCGCGGCCAAAUGUGCAAGAAUAUUUUUCUUAGAAUAUACAUUACCAUGGCAUAUCCUAAUGCAAGCACGGGGACAUUUAAAUCGUCAAAUA